UGUUUUAUAUAUAUAUUAUUUCUUUUUUUUUUUUUUUUUUUUUUUAAGCAAGGCAAAACUAACCCACAUCGGAUUGGCUUGUGGCCAGUUGCUUUUUAUUGUACACAUAAAUCGUGAUAAGAUUUUUUUUUUUCCUUUUCAUUCUCACGCACUUAUUUGUGUGGUUAAACUCUUCACACAAGCAUAUUUUCUUCAGAAUUUUUAGGUUUUGUUUUUUCUUGGUACUGUUGCAGAAUUGCUUCUUGUCCAGUCAUGGUUGGACGAUUACAUAUUUUGUUUCUUGACCCCUCUAAUGUGAUAGCCUCAUAAAAUAUUACCUGAGGUGCGUUUUUUGGGUUACUUUCGCGUUUUAUCUAUUCAGUCGUAUUAGCGGGAAUAAAAUGACUUGUUUCUGUUGUACUUGAGUCUUAUGAAAAAGUGCCCAUAGUUUAGUGACAGUUUCCAAAGGCUUUAGUACCACUUGUGUUACAAAAUGGGGGACCCAAACUCCCGGAAGAAACAAGCUCUGAACAGACUUCGUGCUCAGCUUAGAAAGAAAAAAGAAUCUUUAGCUGACCAGUUUGAUUUCAAGAUGUAUAUUGCCUUUGUAUUCAAGGACAAGAAAAAGAAGUCAGCACUUUUUGAAGUGUCUGAAGUAAUACCAGUCAUGACCAAUAAUUAUGAAGAAAAUAUCCUGAAAGGUGUGCGGGAUUCCAGCUAUUCUUUGGAAAGUUCCAUAGAGCUUCUACAGAAGGAUGUAGUACAGCUUCAUGCACCCCGCUACCAGUCUAUGCGCAGGGAUGUGAUUGGCUGUACCCAGGAGAUGGACUUCAUUCUUUGGCCUCGGAAUGAUAUUGAGAAGAUAGUCUGUCUCCUGUUUUCUCGGUGGAAGGGAUCUGAUGAUGAGCCCUAUAGGCCUGUUCAGGUAGCCAAGUUUGAAUUUCAUCAUGGUGACUAUGAAAAACAGUUUCUGCAUGUUCUGAGCCGAAAGGACAAGACUGGAAUUGUUAUCAACAAUCCUAACCAGUCAGUGUUUCUCUUCAUUGACAGACAGCACUUGCAGACUCCAAAAAACAAAGCUACAAUCUUCAAGUUAUGCAGCAUCUGCCUGUACCUGCCACAGGAACAGCUCACCCACUGGGCGGUUGGUACCAUAGAGGAUCACCUCUGUCCUUAUAUGCCAGAGUAGGGUACUGGCCAGCAAAAUGGGGAAGAUCACAGAAUGCAGCAAUGAAUUCUCACUUUCCUCACCACUUCAUUCUUUCAGAAUUUAGAAGAAAAUGGACUCAUGUUCAGAACACUAUACAUUGUGAAACUUGAUCAUCCUGGAUUUAUUUUUUAAUCAUUUGUGUAUCAGAACUUUACAAUUUUUUUAGAUGUUUUCUGCAUGGACCUUGUGAAAGAGAGGAUGCUCUGCAUAGUUUUGCAUUGUGUCAGCAUCUUACUAAAAUGUGAAAUGAAAGGACUGUUGUACACUGAAACAAAUGUAUCUGAAAGCACAAGGUGAUCAUUUGUGGUGGUGUUCCCAUUUGUGCUGAUCAUGGCCCUAACAUCUAAUGUUAGUCAUCAGUAUUUGGAGGGUGAGAAGUGAAUGUAACGGGUAUAAAAGCCUUAUAGCUUUGCUGUUAAUGAUUGUAUCAGAGAGCACUAUCCGAUUCAUUCUAAUGAACAGAAAAGUGGCUGUUAAAAUAGAAAUAUAAAUGUGGGGAAAGAAUUCCUAUAAGGAAAAAAGCAUCUCAUUCAGUGUAGGCAUUUCUUGCCUUUUUUAUUUUGCUGGGCCAUGUUUAAGUUUACUGGCACUUUCACUUUUGGAUCUUUCCCCAAGUUGCUGUAUAACUGUAUAAAAAAGUAUUCUGUUGAGUUGGAUACAUUUAUACAGAUUAUGAGGCAGACCUGGAGUCUGAAGUAGUUAAAGCAGCUAAAAGUAAAAUAGUAGCUGCAGAAACCAUGUUCUUGGUAGAGGAUUAUUUUUUCUUGAGAGUUGAGACUUGUAAACUUGCUGGUGAACUGCAGGAAAAUACUGGUUUCUAAAACAUUUCUUAUGGAAAACCCAUUGAGGGUUUUUGAAAUAGAUGUUAUAAAGCAGUUGUGAACUUCACUGUAAAAUAGUGUUUGGCGUGUCAAAAGUUGGUUCUGGCAGAACAUUUUAAGACUGUGCAAUGAAAUAAGGAAGACUACUGUAUAGUUUUGAUGACAAAGAAGGCUUUGCUUAAGGCUUGAGUACUUUACUGGAGUAAAUCUGUAUAAGCCUGCUCCCUUUGGGUAAAACUAGUGCUUACCUGUUUAAAUUUGUAUUUAGCUUUUGUUUGGAAUUGGAAAAAUUGGAAAUUAAAUAAAUUAGGUGAAAGAUGACAAUGUUAAUUUUA